UUGCGAUGGAACACUGAUAACAUCGAGAAAGAAAACUGUCUUGUUUCGUUUCAGGGAUCGUCGACGGCUCCACCACCGAAACAAGUCGACUUCUCAUCGCAGACGAUUCCGGAGCUGAUCUACACCCGGGCAGACAGCGAUCGCGUUGCCGUGGUGUUCGACGCCGAGAGGGUGUCGUUCACGUUCGCCAAGGUGGCCAGUGAGAUGGAGACGUUGGCGGCCGGUUUUCUUUCGAUCGGCCUCGUUCCCGAUGACAGAAUCCUCAUUUGUGGAAGCAAUCAUUCACAGGUGUUUCUGAGUGCAUUCGCCGCGUCUCGAGCUGGUCUGGUGUUCUCUUUGGCGAAUCCGAAUUUCCACGAUGAAGAGGCUUUCUGUCACGCGCUGAAGCUGGGCAAUUUCCGUGCGGUGGUUUGCUUUCGAGCGCCUGAAGCCCAUGAUUAUCUCCAUAGCCUGCUCGUGCGUAUCUGCCCUGAGCUGAUAGGAAGUCACAGAGGUGAACUAAAGAGUGCCGCGCUUCCGAACCUCAGCCAUAUCAUUCUUGCCGAAGAGGAACAUCGUCACGGGUUGGGCACUACCGCUGAGCCGAAACUGGUCGCUAUUUCGCAUUUUCAACUACUUAAUGGUGCUCGAGCUGUGGUGACAUCGUUCGGUAUUAAAAAGGAUGCGAAUUUCUUGCAGCAAUCCCUAGCUUGCGCUCUUCCAUUGUUUCGCUUGCCGAUUUUCGCUCUUGUAUGUCUCUCGCCGUUCCUCACCGAUUCACGUACCGUCUUUCCCGAACCACAACCACUGCCGAGAAAUCUUUUCGCCUCUGUGAAGAAGUACAGUUGUUCGACACUACUGACGAAUGGUGUGGCCUUACGUCUUCUGCUGAAAAUCAGCGAAACACAGCGCGUCAAACUCGACAGCAUCGAGCAGAUCCUUUUGCUUGGUGAUCGCGUCUCUAAAGAAGCUUUGCAGAGCAUCCAAAAACAAGCCAAUAACGUCAAAAUCAUCGCGGUCGGCUACAUGCUCACUGAGACAGGAUCGAUUCCGAUCAUGGGAGACGCUACUACUGACUUCACAAGAAUGGUAGGCAGAGCCAUCGCCGGAUACAAGGUAUGA